GCCACACCCCCGCCGCCAAGGCCUGAGGAGAGUCGGGGUGGGCUGGGCCGUACUGGGUUAUACUGGGCCGGACUGGGCGGGUUGGGGCGUGGAUCGCCGCCGUUAUGGAGCGGUUCGUGGAGGGGAACCGGGCAGCUCUGCAGGAGCAUGUCCGGCGUCACCAGGAGAUCCAUGUGGUGAUGGGCAAUGAGGCCUGUGACUUGGACUCCACUGUCUCGGCCCUGGCCCUGGCUUAUUUCCUGGCAAAGACCUCCCCAGCUCCCAAAGCCACCUUCAUCCCAGUGCUGAACAUCCCUCGUGCCGACUUCGCCCUCCGGACGGAGACAACGUUUCUGCUGCGGGAGCAGGGCAUCCCCGCCACCUCCCUCAUCUUUCGGGAUGAGAUCGACCUGGGGGGGCUGCACCGCGCCGGGCUGCUCUCCCUGACGCUGGUCGAUCACCACGUCCUGCCCGGCACCGACGCAGCCUUGGAAGAGGCUGUGGUGGAGGUCCUUGAUCACCGGCCGUUGGAACGGGACCGAGCUCCUGGCUGCCAGGUGACAGCAGAGCUGGUGGGCUCCUGUGCCACGCUGGUGACGGAGCGGAUUGCCCAAGGUCCCCCGGGUGUGCUGGACAGAACCACGGCCACACUGCUGCACGGUACUAUCCUCCUGGACUGCAUCAACCUGAGCCCGGCUGCCGGCAAGGUGACGCCCAGGGACGUGGCGUGUGUCUCCCUGCUUGAGGCGAGGUUCCCCGAGCUGCCACCCCGCGACACCAUCUUUGAAGCCUUGCAGGCAGCCAAGUUUGAUGUCUCAGGGCUGACGACAGAGCAGAUGCUGCGGAAGGACCUCAAAGUCCUCUUCGGCGACGAGCUGGCCCUCGCCAUCAGUGCCAUCUAUAUGGACCUGGAGACCUUCCUACGCCGGCCCAGCUUGCUGCAGGACCUGGAUGCUUUCUGCCAGGCUCGGGGCUAUGCGGGGCUGGUGGCCAUGACAAUCUCUUAUAACGAGCGCAACGAGCCCUCCCGGCAGCUCGCAGUCUACAGCCAGCAUGAGACACUCCGCAGCACGGUGUGCCGGGCGCUGGAGGAGGCGACGAUGCCAUCCCUGCACCUCCAGCCCCUCCUGAGCCCCUGGUCCUGCCUGGGCACCUACACCCAGGGCAAUGCUUUGGCGUCGCGGAAGAAGGUCCUGCCCAUCCUGCGGGCAGCCCUGGGGGGGCCAGGCGUUACUGGGGGUCCGGAGGAAGAGGUGGUCCCGCCACCCACCCCGAUGAACAGCCUGGUGGAAGAAUGUCCGCUGGCCCAGGCCGUGCCCCCGCUCUGCCCCCAGGAUGUCCUGGAGCGGGUCAGCCGCAUUGCCGCUGGGCAGCCGCCCGGCUCCCCAAAAUAAAAGUGGGUGACCAGAGACUUCUGGGGUCCGUAUGAGGAGGUGGGGUCCCUGGGCAGGUCCUGGCAGGGUGCCCAGGCACCAGGGGUUGCAGCUGCCUUCAGUACAACUCGCCUGCCUUCGUUAGAGGUCAGCUCCCGGAUGGAGGGAGGCCCUCGUUAUUUGUCGCCCCUCCCGCCCCUGCUGGGGUUUGGUCCCCCAGGGUGGGUUUUUGGGGACCCCGUGGGCAGCAGGGCCAGGGCAGUGCUUGCACCCACUUCAUGAAGGCAUUGGGGUGGGGGUGGGGGGUUUAACGAGUUCUUGUUCUUCCUCCCUCGGGGGGAUGUGGGGGGCCCCGGCUGGUGGGUCCAGACACGCAGCUGGCCCAGAACUGUCACCCACAGACUCAGAGGAUUAAAUUUCCAUUUUUUCUUCCA